GUUUUUUUUUAGUUUCUUUACACAGAGGGAGAGAAACCCGAGCGACGCGGGAGGCAGGAGAGCGUGAGGCCUUUCCUAGGAAGAAGAAAAAAAUCAAGAAGAGAAAAGAUUGUGUUUGAAGCAACAUAACGGCCGUUUGAGACGUUUUGGUUUCGUUUCUUUUCUCUGCUUUGUGAGGCCUUAUCCGCCACGCCUUAGACGGCGUCAUGCCCAGAGGAGGGAAGAAGGGACACAAGGGCCGCGGGAAGCAGUUCAGUAACCCGGAGGAGAUCGACAGACAGAUGCGGCUGGAGAGGGAGAAGGUGAGCUUGUGGGAGGAGAUCGAGAAGCAGAAGGCGAAGGAGAGGUACAUGAAGCUGCACCUGGAGGGCAAGACGGAGCAGGCCAGGGCCGACCUCGCCCGGCUGGCCAUCAUCAAGAAGCAGCGGGAGGAGGCCGCCCGCAAGAGGGAGGAGCUCAGGAAAGUGAAAGAAGAGGCCGAAGCCAAGUCCAAGCGCUAGGGCCCCCCCACCGCGACGGGGAAUUUGGGGGUGGUGUGAUGGACCGGUGGGUGGGGGGGUGGGAGGGUAAGGCUUGGGGUGUCCACAGUCUGCCCACCCCCCCCUUCACUUUCCUCUGGCAGGCUGGGUGUGGGGGGGUGCUUUGUGUGGCGGGACCGGGGUGACUUGGGGAGAGGAGGAAGAGAGGAAGGACACCCCCUGUGCUGUUCAAUCCCGGAGACUAGAGAGUGACCCCCCCCUCUCCCCUCCCCUCCCCCCCCCACGCACACCACCAGCUCCUCUUCAGUUACUGCUGCUGGAAGUGUGUUCAUUCCCAGUUUCUUCCGGAGUUUUUAAUGGUUUACAUCUGUGGGGGGAGGGUCUGGGGGUGUGGGGGGGGCGACUGUCCCUCGGGACAGCCGGAACCGGGACCAAGGGGAACCAGC